AUGCUCAUCUUCUUCAUCGAACUCUUAAAACUUUCAGUCACUACUACAGAAGUUCAGAAGAUUAAAGAGAGAAGAAAUCAUGAGUUCAAGCAAGGCUAUAGUGGUGGCAAGUGUUGGAGUUGUGGAGGCACUCAAGGACCAAGGGAUUUGCAGAUGGAACUCGACUUUGAGAUAUGUAGGCCAACAGGCCAAGGGCCAAGUGAGGUCAUUUUCUCAGGCCAACAACAAGCUCUCUCCUUCUGCUUCAGCUCUGAAUAAAGUGAGAGAUGAGAAGCUCAAGAAGUCAGAGGAGUCCUUGAGGACAGUUAUGUUUUUGAGCUGCUGGGGUCCCAACAACUAAUUAAAUGAUUCAUUCUUAAAAACGAGAGCUAAGAUAAGGGUUGUAAAUUAGGGCUAAUUGUCAUGUUGGCUUGGGGCCAAUUGAUGUAAAUUUUGAACAAUUACCAUAUAAAACAGAAAUUGUUGCUCAGAA